AUGGACUGCUUUUGUAAGCGUCUGAGGACAUCGGACUAUGACAGGUUGACUGACGAAGAGCCAGGGCGGCUGGAAUUACGACGAGCUCGUCCAUCAGGCCAAGCAAAGCGGUCUCGUGUCUCUGCCAACACAGCACCAUCUGCGAAACGACUCCGACUAUCUCGAGGUUCGACGACUGCGUCACGUUCGACGAACUCGGAUGUGACAGAAAUAGACGAAGCACCCUGCCGUGUGGAGCAACUUGCUGCGCCACGAGCGUCAGGACAUCUCGAUGUAGAUGAACCAUCCCAUGACGAAAAUGAGACUUGUUCACAGGCUGUCCCGAUCAUAUCGCCAUCGACUCUAACAGACUUAGUGAACGACACUCACAGCUUCCAACAAUCCGAUACACUCGCAGAAGACAAAGCCUGGCAAAAGGUUGUGUGCAGCAUCCAGAGCAUAGUGGAUACGAUUGAGAUACACAAAGAUGCCUGGAUCAGGUCAAGCUGUACUUUUACCGCUCUUGCCGGUUCGAGUGAGAGGGCAUCGAUGGUCACACGAAGUUCAGACGACUCUUCUGAGGCAACCAUAUCUGAACUUGCGGAUACCUUCGCACAGGUUGAGGGCGAUACCCAUCAACGUCACAUCUUCAAGAAGCUUCUGGCCUAUACUGUGAUAACUCUGUGGGCUGGGAAACAUUUCAUUAGCAGCAAGGGUGUCAGGAAGCUGAGGACAUAUGGUAGUACAGCACGUAAUAUAGUUGUCGCUGCUGACAAUGUUCCAAGCAUACUGCUGCUAGCACCCCCGUUAUGGAUGAAAAACCAUUCGGAGGAAAAGAUUUUUGCCAAAGUGUCAAAGCUCAAGCAGUCUGCAGUCAUCCCUCCGUAUCUAGAGAAAUUCGAACCACUUGCAAAGAAGCUACUCGAGAACUUGGAGAGAGGUUGGGAUGUCCAUUCCCUUACUUGGGCCAAGUCGCUAACGUCACUCAGGUCUCAAAGACAUCGAAUUAAGGGUCCCUAUCUUGGCUGUUCGAGCACCAUCACCCUAAUAAAUUCACCAUGUAUCGAAGGAGAAUCGCCUUGGAUUCAACCACGGAACGGAGGUGCAGGACCUACACUCGAUGCGGUACCUGCAGGUGAGUCAGACGUGGUCCUCAAAGCACAGUCACAUCGAGACAAAGGCAGUGCAAAUUUCGACCCAGCAGUACCUCCCUCGCUUAAUAUCCCACGACCAGGUCCAUGGAUACAGUCCCAACCUGAGUUCCCACUAGUCUCCUCAUGUACGCCUCGAAGCGGCAUCGAAGGCAUGAUUCACUCUUCGUCUGACCCAACGCUGGGAGAAGUACCUGGUCGCUACGCUGAUGGAUCGGAUUUUGUGAAUACUUUUGUGUUGAUUGACAUGAUCUGA